GAUGGCGGGUAAGAUGUUUUAUAAAGAUGUAGAAGAACUCCCUAAUCAAAAUUUAUCAGAUGAACUUUAAUAAUUAAAAUUAUAAACUUUUCAUAAAUAACAUAAUGAAUAGUAAUUUGAUAAAGAAAGGAUAGUUAAACAAGCUAAUGAAUCAUGGGAUUACCAGCAUAAAAAACCAUAUUUUAUCGAUGAAGAAGGAUAUAAAGAUCACAUCAUUGUUCAAUAUAUGGAUUGGGAUUUUAAACCAUAAAGUGUAAAAUUUCAUUAAAAAAGAAAUGCACCGAAUGCUUGGAUACUACUAUAAAAUAAAGAGCUGGAGAAGAUUAAUAAGAGAAACAAUCUAAAUAAAUAGACUUAAAAAAAGAAUAACAUACAAGAGAUAGAAAUAAAAUAAUUAAACCAAAAUUAGAUCAAUUUAUAAAGGUUUAACAGGAGGAUCUAGGGAAGGAAUAUAGGAAAAGUAAUAUUAAAGAAGAAACAACAAUAAAGAAAGUAUAUCUCCAGUAAGAAAUGUUGUUACACAAAUCCAAGGAAAUCAUGAGGCAACGUAGAAUUUUGGUGGUAGACACAAUUAUUAUUGAAAUAAAAUAAUUUAAGAGACAAUUAGUAAAAAAUUUUGUAAUAUCCGAGCAGAAGUUGAUGAAAAU